CCGCCCGCCAGCCAGCAGCAUCGUUCUCCUCUUCCUCGGCUAAUCCGCCCCGCCUCCGAUACUCCCAAGGCGGCAGCAGCAGCAACAACACCAGCAAGCCAGGCAUCCCCCCAAAGCCUCACCACCCUGCUCUCUUCCCCCUCCCGUCCCCCGCAAUGGCAGGCCUCCUCCACCUCCACUCCACGCUGCUCCCCUCUGCGUCCCUGCUCCGCCAACGCGGCGGCGGCGGCGCACAGGCUGCAGCGCCGCGGCGCCGGCGCGCGUGCCGGGUGGAGGCCAAGAUCCGGGAGAUCUUCAUGCCGGCGCUCAGCUCCACCAUGACGGAGGGCAAGAUCGUCGCCUGGAACGCCUCCGAGGGGGACCGCCUCUCCAAGGGCGACCCCGUGGUCGUCGUCGAGUCCGACAAGGCCGACAUGGACGUCGAGACCUUCCACGACGGCUUCCUCGCCGCCGUCCUCGUCCCCGCCGGGGAGUCCGCGCCAGUCGGCUCCGCCAUCGCGCUCCUCGCCGAGUCCGAGGAGGAGAUCCCACUCGCCCGCUCCCAGGCCGCCAACUUAUCCUCCGCCGCCGCCGCCUCGCCGCCGGCUCCCCAGGAAACCGUCGCGGAAGAAUCGUCCCCUGCCCCGCCACCGCCGCCUGCCCCUCCGGCGCCGGUAGCAGUCUCUGCGCCAGCACCGCCCUCACCGGCCGCACAAGGCGGGGCGCGCGUGGUUGCCUCGCCGUACGCCAAGAAGCUCGCGAAGGAGCUCAGCGUCGAUCUCUUCUCCGUCACUGGGUCUGGGCCGGGUGGGAGGGUCGUGGCUAAGGACGUAGAGGCCGCGGCAGCUUCGCCCCAAAAGGCGUCGGCGGCGGCGCCUGUGGCAGCUGCCCGGCCAGAUGUGCCAUUGGGGUCCACGGUGCCAUUCACCGCAAUGCAGGGUGCUGUGAGCAAGAACAUGGUGGAGAGCCUCGCCGUGCCGACGUUCAGGGUUGGCUACACCAUCACAACAGACGCCCUAGACCAGCUCUACAAGAAAAUUAAGUCGAAGGGGGUGACAAUGACAGCGCUGCUGGCCAAGGCCACAGCAAUGGCGCUGGUGCAGCAUCCCGUGGUGAACUCCAGCUGCAGGGACGGCCAGAGCUUUACUUACAACAGUAGCAUCAACAUUGCCGUGGCCGUGGCCAUCGACGGUGGGUUGAUAACCCCCGUGCUUCAGGAUGCUGAUAAGCUUGAUAUCUAUACACUGUCAAGGAAAUGGAAGGAGCUGGUUGAGAAGGCUCGUGCCAAACAGCUGCAGCCCCAGGAGUACAACUCUGGUACAUUUACCCUUUCAAACCUCGGUAUGUUUGGAGUUGAUAGAUUUGAUGCAAUCUUACCACCUGGAACUGGAGCAAUCAUGGCUGUUGGAUCGUCACAACCGACAGUUGUUGGUACGGAAGAUGGUAGAAUUGGGAUGAAGAACCAAAUGCAGGUCAAUGUUACUGCUGAUCAUCGGGUUAUUUAUGGGUCCGAUCUUGCCGCUUUUCUGCAAACUCUCUCCAAGAUAAUUGAGGAUCCAAAGGACCUUACGUUUUAGAUGCAUGGAAUGAUUAUUUUUCCCUGAGGCAAUCACAUAGGAUGCUUGUCAGUAGAUGUGUAGCAUGUUGGUGUGUGAAUUAGUUACUUAAGUUGCCAGCUUUGUUGGUAUCAGGUAACUUUGUUACCUUCUCCUCAUUGGUUUGUUUUUCAAUAAUUUUUUACCUCCUGUUCAGAUAGGUGACAAGCAUGAGUAUUUACCAGAGUGUCUGUUACUUGUCAUUAUUGUGGGCUCGAUGUACAAUACAAUGGAUCAUGUCACUGUCACCUUUGAAUACAAAGAAAUGAAAUGAACUUGGCCAUCGUGUGGUUAAAUUAAUUUAUUGGAUUCA